UGACAAAAAAUUUCAAACAGAUGGGUCCAAACAAACGCACCUAACGUUCCCCAAAACCCAACCACCUGUCUCUCAUUUCAGAAUCUAUGGAGGCCGUUCAGUGCAAGCUCUUCGCUCUCUUCCUUCUCUCGCUUUCGAUGCUCGUAUCUUUCUCCCUAGCAACAACCGACGUCAAGUACUGCGAUAAGAAAGCUGAGUAUGAUGUGAAGGUCAGCGGGGUUGAGAUAGUCCCGUAUCCCAUCGCGAGAGGCAAGACCGCAACCUUUAGCAUCUCUGCUUCUACAGGGAAAAAUAUCUCUGGAGGAAAAAUGGUGAUUGAUGUUUCAUACUUUGGAUGGCACAUUCACAGUGAGACCCAUGACCUUUGUGGGGAGACAUCUUGCCCUGUUUCAACUGGUGAUUUUAUUGUUGCUCACUCACAAGAGCUACCUGGAUUCACUCCACCAGGCUCAUACUCUCUUACAAUGAAGAUGUACGAUGCAGACCAAAAUCAAUUGACAUGCAUUGGCUUCGAUUUUGACAUUGGCUUUGCAUCAUCUGUGGCUGAUAGUUAAAGUGCUUCCAAGAAUGAUUCUUCAUUCAAGUCUCCAUAAUCAGCGUAUGAAUAGGAUGUAAAAAUGACUCUUCACUAUCGGUUGCUUCCAUGUACGUUUAAACUGUCAGCACUAUCUGUUGUAUAAUUGUGACUAUUCCUGCUACAUAAGAAACUAUGGGAAGUUAAUCCUACAGCUACUACAAAACGGAAUGUAUGAUAAAGUACGUAAUAAAAAGUACUACCUAAAAAAAAUUAUGCUACACUUCUCACA